AUGGCCUCCUCCAUCGCGGUCCCCGUCGUCGAGGUCCUCGCGGACCCGCGUCGGCGUCGCGCGAGGACGCUCAGAAACCACCGAUGCCCUAUCGAUAAUCGCGGGAGGCAACCGACGACGACGACGACGCGCGCGUCCUCGGCCGCGGCCGCGGACGCGCAGCAGGCGGAGUUCACGAAGUGGAGAGACGCGCGCGACAUCAAGUCCCCGAACGUCGAGGUCGCGUACUUUGGCGAUCCCGACGACACGGUGAUGCGCUACCGCGGCGUGAAAGCGAAGAAGAAAAUCAAUCCCGGGGACGUCCUCGUGGAGCUCCCCAGGGAAUCGUGCUUAGUCCUCGCGGACGACGCGGAGCUCCCGUUCCCGGACUUUUGCACGAACGCGCUGUGGAGCAAGCUCGUAGAGAAGAACAAGUGGGCGCUGCGCGUCGCCCUGAACUUGCUUCACGAGACGAGCAAAGGCGCGGCGUCGCCGUUUCACGCGUACACGUCGCAGCUCCCCAAGUCGUUCGACCUCCUCUCCGAGUGGUCCGACGACGAGCUCAAGAUGCUGCAGUACGCCCCGGUCGUGCGCGCCGCGGAGGGACAGCGCAAGGAGGACGACGACGCGCACGCGAUGAUCUUAAAGCUGUCCCCGUCCACGCCGGUGACGAAGGAGGAGGUGACGUGGGCGUUGAACAUGGUCCGCAGCCGCGUCUUCAGCGGGCGGUUAUCCGACAACGCGGAGACGAAGGCGAAGCUGUUGCCGAGAGCGCUCGCCGCGGGGACCGCGUUCGCGACGUUCAUGACCGCGCCGACGAAAGAGGGAAGGUGGCUCGCCGUGUUCGCGAUGCUCGCGCUCGUGGUGUUCGACCAAGACGGGAACGGGAACGACGACGACGACGAGUCGAAAAAAAAACUCGCCUACGUGCUCCUUCCGCUCAUCGACGCGUUUAACCACAAGACGAUGCAAAAGACCGAGUUUGAAUUCUCGUCGCAGGCGUUCCGGUUGCGGUCGCCGGCGACGUACGGCCUCGACGACGAGGUGCUCAUAUCGUACGGUCUGCUAGGGAACGACGAGCUCAUCGUUCGGUACGGAUUCGUCGACGCCGAGAACGAGGCGGACAUCUACGCGUACGAGGGUUUACUCUCGUGGCUGCAAGCGAACCACGCGCCGAUGAAGCAGAGCUUGGGCGCGGCGCCGGAUAGGGUCGCCGCGAUGCGCGCCGCGCGCUUGGAGUCGUACGUCUCCAUGGGGGUUCUGAAGGGCGACGGCGCCGCGGACGAUAACUUGAUGUGGGCGCUGCGGACGCUGAUGGCUUCGCCGGAGGACUACGCCGCCGCGGGGGGGACCGUGGACGGGAUGAAGCUCGGCGGAGGCGCGCCGGAGAAGGCCGCGUGCGUCGCGCUCGCGGCCGCGUGCAAGGCGCGGUUAGGGAGCAUGCCGACGAGCGCGGAGGACGACGAGAAGGCGUUGCGCGCCGGCGCGGCGGUCGGCCGAGAGAGAACCGCGAUCGAGUACCGACUGCGGAAGAAGAAGAUUCUGCAAGCCGCGGUCGCGAGGUACGACGUGUGA